AUGGCGUUUGAGUAUUUGGCUUACGAUUUAUCGCGGGAGUUCCAGAAGUUAUUCCGUUUAACUCCAGACUUGACUGAGGACGUAGUUUCGCAGCUUGACAGCCAUCUUAGAGGUUCCAGAAUAACAGCGAUUUCGACUGAAAAACAGGUUCUAGCUGCACUGCGAUUUUUUGCAACCGGGUGUUAUCAACGACCCGUAGGUGAGCAAUGGGGAAUAUCUAUGAGCCAGUCGUCCGUUAGCCGUAGCAUUCAUCGGGUAACAGCUGCAAUCAACAGCUCCAUGUUUUGCGCAAAGGUGAGAUUUCCCAUGACCCAAGUGGAGCGGCAAGCGGCAAAAGAAAUUUUUGCUUCAGCAACCUCCCCGUUUGUGGGAGGUACCAUUGGAGCUAUAGAUUGCACGCACGUGUCAAUUUUGGCCCCGAAACGUCAUGAAGAAGCGUAUGUCAACCACCACGGCUACCAUUCGCUUAAUGUCCAAAUGAUAUGUGAUCCUACACUUAAAAUUUUGAACGUAAAUGCCAAAUUUCCGGGAGCACGGCACGAUUCAUACAUUUGGAGUUCGAUUCAUACAUUUGGAGAGCGGUGCGAAUGGUUAUGCAACGGAAUUUUGAAAUUGAAAACUAUAACUUGUUUUUGA